GCCGAAAAUAUAAAAAGAAGAAGAAGACGAAGAAGACCCCGCACAAUGGCUGCUAAAAUUCUCACAGUGACAUGUUUGCUCUCAGCUCUGCUCUUUGAGCCGUGUCGGACUUUAACGGAGGAUUUCCGGUGGGAUGAGAGCGGAUACGUGCUGUACUGUCCGUGCAUGGGUCGCUUCGGGAACCAGGCGGACCACUUCCUGGGAUCUCUGGCCUUUGCUAAGAUGUUGAACCGGACCCUGGCGGUCCCCCCCUGGAUAGUGUACCGACAUCACACACACCCGUACACCAAUGUCCACGUCCCGUACAGUGAGUUCUUCAAGUUGGAGGCACUGUCUACGUAUCACCGUGUGGUCAGUCUGGAGGACUUCAUGGAGAAGCUAGCUCCUCAACACUGGCCGUCAGGUCAGCGGAGGGCGUACUGCUUUGAGACUGCAGCUCAGCGGAGUGCAGACAAGAAGUCCUGCCCAAUGAAGGAUGGGAACCCGUUUGGACCGUUCUGGGACUACGUGGGUGUGGAUUUUGACAAGUCUGUUUUGUUUGGAGGGAUUUCUUUCAGUGCAUAUCAACAGCCUCAAUGGAUGAAGAAGUUCCCUCCCUCUGAGCACCCUGUCCUGGCCAUGCCCGGAGCUCCGGCUCAGUUCCCUGUGAUGGAGGAACACGUGGGUCUGCAGCGUCAUGUGGUGUGGUCAGAUAAGAUGGUGGUGGAGGGGGAGGAGCAUAUCUCUAACCUGCUGAUCAGACCGUAUGUGAGCAUCCACCUGAGGAUCGGCAGUGACUGGCAAAACGCCUGUAAGAUGUUGAAGAGCGGUGACACGGGUCCUCACUUCAUGGCGUCUCCUCAGUGUGUUGGCUACAACAGACAGACCGCUCUGCCCCUCACCAUGAACAUGUGCCUCCCUGACCUCGCAGAGAUCCGCAGAGCUGUGAAGCUGUGGGUGAAGAAGACCUCGGCCCGCUCCGUCUACAUCGCCACCGACUCCGAGUCCCACAGCAGGGACAUCGAGAAGCUCUUCAAGGGCAAGGUGAAGGUGGUGACUCUGCAGCCCGACUCGGCUCAGAUGGAUCUGUACAUCUUAGGUCGAGCGGAUCACUUCAUCGGAAACUGUGUCUCCUCGUUUUCUGCCUUCGUGAAGAGAGAGCGCGACGUGCACGGCCUCCCAUCCUCCUUCUUUGGCAUGGACAAGCCUGGAAGAGUGAACCCUAACGACGAGCUCUGAGCAUGGGGUGGAAAGGUCGUCCUCUGGGCGCUCACUCUGCAGGAUGGUCACAGAUGUUUACUUUGUGAAGGACUGCCUUUUUUUAGACUGACUUUAGUCCUUCAGAAAGCUCAGAGGGCCUAUGUGACUGGAUGGAGCAGGUCUUUAGUGAAAUAUACUUGAAAAGUUGAUAUGGACUCUGCUGCUGCCUAGAAACAUGAUUUUUAUCUUUCUGCUUAAGAAUUCUGAUGUUUCCUCUUCCAUCUCCUUUGUUCACCACAACCAGAAAAAGAUCUGGUAUUUCUUAAUCUGCUGCUGUACUCUGUAUCUACGACCAUGUUACUGGGACCUGUGGUGCCCUCAGUGAACCCUGAAAACCCCUGAUCAUGUUCUCCUCCCCUCCACGUCUCUCCAUCCUCCCUGCCCUCCAUUCCUCCGAGCGCUCAGUAACUGAUCCUCCUGCAGGACUAAUUAUAGGGAGGAAAGAAGGAGACGCUGAUUCUACAGGGACCAAAACCGGUUGAAAUGAGUGGAGUCUGUCCUGUGUGUAAAUCAUCCGAUGUUUCAGGGAUGUUUCCGUCACACACGGGAGGAUAUUUGCACUGGUCGACUGGAUGUAAGCGAGGAUGUGAACGCAGUGAUUGUGUCGUUUUCUAUGAUGUUUGUCACCAAUAAAGAGACUCAGUGAUACGUAAAGAGCCA